GAAAUCAGAGCGCUUGCAGCGAGCGAAAACCGAAGAGUGACUUUCUGACGGCAGGUUUGCUUAUGAAUAUGAUGACAGUAAGCCCAACCGUGAAAUCAGAUAUGAAACUGAUUGAUAAUGCCGCUUGAUUAUUGGACGUCACUAUCUGAGCAUGGCAGGAGGAUACGGAGUGAUGGCAGAUGAUGGGACUAUCGACUAUUCUGUACAUGAAGCCUGGAACGAGGCCACCAACGUGUACCUGAUUGUGAUUCUCGUUAGCAUUGGCCUGUUCAUGUAUGCAAGGAAAAAUAAAAGGAAGAUUAUGAGAAUUUUCACUGUGCCACCUACAGCAGAGAGCUCCACAGAACUAAAUUUCUACGAUGACAUGAAGAAGAUUCGCUUGCGUCAGCAGCUGGAGAUGUAUUAUAUUGCUAGGAAACAUGAACAGAAUAGUGACAGUGUCCAACUCACAGUGGAAUGAGGGAUGUAUGGACAAAGAGAAAACUAUUUGGAAUGUUCCUUUGUUCUGUGAUUCUUAAUGAACUUCAGCCAUUCCCUUAUAGAAAAGACCACUUUUCAUUAGCUCAAAUUCUGUUCCAUCUUGCAGUAUGUGUAAGGGAUGGAAGUGGGAAGAGAAGAGCUUAGCGGAGCAGGCUUUUUUCCAUUAGGACAUCAGAGCCCCACUGUUGCCCUCAGAAACCUUUUUUAUUAUUUACUUUUUUUUGCUUAAUUAGUUGUGUUUCCUGAUAUUUCCUGGACUCUGCUGGGUGACGUUUUGCCGUAGAGUAUCGCUAAAAUUCAUCUUGUUUCAAAUAAACUAGGGAACAGUCA